AUGGCAGAACAGGGACUUGAGACCUAUCAUGGCAAUUGUCAUUGCGGCGCUUUCAAGUUCUCCGUCAGGCUCCCCGAGCUGAAACAGAAAGGCUACCUCUGGGCCUUGCCCUCGUCCAAUGAUCUGUUCGUAGUGGAAAAGGGUGACGGUACAUUAAGGGACUAUCAUUUUGGGAAGAAGACCAUGUCCCACAAGGUGCGCACAUUUCGAGACUUUGAUGAAGAAAAAUUGGAAAUCAAGCCGUACGACGGUGCCGGUCUCGAGCCACACUAUAUACCUCCGAACGGUCCGGAGGAAUCAGAUCUCAACGGAUCCACCAAGUGCUAUCGAGGAAGUUGCCAUUGCGGCAAGGUCUCGUACGAUCUCCGGAGCGAAGCGCUCGAGGACAUCGGAGUGCUGUCGUGCAACUGCAGCAUCUGCUCCCGGAACGCCGACCUCUGGGUCCACCCAUCCGAAAAAGACGUCGAGCUCCGGGGCGGAGAUCAUCUCACCGUCUACCGAUUCGGGCGUAAGAUGAGCGGGCACGCUUUCUGUUCGACAUGUGGUGUCCCGAUUAUGAACCAGUUCGAGCAUCCCGGAGGGAAGGAGUUGGAGUUUAUGGUGGGGAAACUGCCGGUCAACGCGCGCGUCAUCAACGGGAUCGAUUUGAAAGCGCUCAAGGUCACGAAAGGGGAUGGGAAGAACAUGCUGGGACCCAAGUACGAAGUGUAA